AUGAUAGAGCAGGAAGAUAUUAAGAAUGUAGAUAUUAAGAAGAAAGAUAUUAAGAAUGUAGAUAUUAAGAAUGUAGAUAUUAAGAAUGUAGAUAUUAAGAAUGUAGAUAUUAAGAAGAAAGAAGAUAUCAAGAAAGAAGAUAUUAAGAAUGAAGAUAUUAAGAAUGAAGAUAUUAAGAAUGAAGAUAUUAAGAAUGAAGAUAUUAAGAAUGAAGAUAUUAAGAAAGAAGAAAGAAGAUAUAAGAAUGUAGAUAUUAAGAAUGUAGAUAUUAAGAAAGAAGAUAUUAAGAAUGAAGAUAUUAAGAAAGAAGAUUUUAAGAAAGAAGAUAUUAAGAAAGAAGAUAUUAAGAAUGAAGAUAUUAAGAAAGAAGAUAUCAAGAAAGAAGAUAUUAAGAAAGAAGAUAUUAAGAACGAAGAUAUUAAGAAUGUAGAUAUUAAGAAUGAAGAUAUUAAGAAAGAAGAUAUUAAGAAAGAAGAUAUUAAGAAUGAUAAUCAAAAAGGAAUAAAGAUUAAGGAUGCCUGCAGUAUAAAUCUAAGAUCUGAGACGGGGUGGUUUUUUAUCCAAGUCUGGUGUCUCUGGUAUAUUUACUAUAUAUGCCUAGAUUUAGAGGUUAGAGGGUUGUUGACCUUGUCUCGAGGUUGA